AUGUUUGCACCCUUACUAGAUCCAAUCGGAAAUAAUGUGAUGAGAAGUAUCACUAGCGAUGAACUUGCAAGAAUGCAGGAGAUUGAAGCGAUUCGUAAUUCGAAUGAUAAUCGAGCAUAUCUGACGAUAGGCGGACCAUCGAUUGUUCUCGAUGAUUUUCUGUUCUUGGGAGAUUUUGAACAUGCUAACAAUCAGACAUUGCUUGAAGAAUUACAAAUCAAACAUAUUUUGAAUGUAUGUGAUUGGGAAAUCACUCGACUUGACCCAGAUAAUUUCAGUAUUACUCACAUUCCAUUAAGCGAUAACUCAGUAACAAAUAUCCGACAGCAUUUCGAUCGAACAAAUGAAUUACUACACGAAUUUUAUGAGAAGAAAGAACGCUGUUUGGUACAUUGUGCUGCUGGCAUAUCACGAUCGGCAACAAUCGUUCUUGCUUAUCUAAUGAAGUAUCAUCACAAUACAUUGACGGACGCUUAUGGCUUUCUCGUUGAAAAACGUCCUUCGAUCUGUCCAAACGAUGGUUUUCUAUUACAAUUGAUUCGUUACGAAAAGGAUCUAAUCCAAACUCGAGAAAUUCAAUCUGAAAGUGCCGGAAAAUCUCUUGCCAAAGAAGAUAAUCCAAUUGAAACAUUGAGCGAAUUUGAACAUAAACAUGUGACAAAUGAAUGA